AUUUAAAAUCAAACGAUACAGUAUUCAGUUACCCUUACGUCGCUCGUUCGAAUAUUUAUUCUUUAUAUUUCUCUGAAUUGCAUGGAUCCUUUACUUUCCAAAUUCAAAAUUAGGGCUCCAAAUUUCAGUCGGUCGGUGCAUUAAAACCUGAACCGCCAUGGUUUUUACAGAAGGGUUUGUAAUGAAGGGGCCGUUGGAUCGAACCAAGGUGGUGGUUCGAAGCUUGCCACCUGCGAUUACGCAGGCCAUUUUUAUUGAACAAAUCGAUGGAGUGUUUGCUGGACGUUACAACUGGGUGUCCUUUCGUCAAGGGAAGACCAGUCAAAAGCGUCAAUCUUGCUCUAGAGCUUACAUUGACUUCAAGAGGCCAGAAGACGUUCUUGAGUUUGCUGACUUCUAUAAUGGGCAUGUUUUUGUUAAUGAGAAGGGUGCUCAGUUUAAAGCCAUUGUUGAGUAUGCUCCUUCCCAACGUGUUCCGAAGCAAUGGUUUAAAAAGGAUGGUCGUGAUGGGACCAUACUUAAGGUUAUUGGUGAACAUCUAGAUCCUGAGUAUUUGGAGUUCCUUGAACUUAUUGCAAAGCCUGUUGAGAAUCUUCCUAGUGCAGAAAUACAACUGGAGAGAAGAGAAGCUGAACGAGCUGGUGCAGCAAAAGAAGCUCCAAUAGUUACACCUUUGAUGGAUUUUGUAAGACAGAAAAGGGCUGCUAAGGCUGCACCUAGGAAAUUAUCAUCCAACGGAAAACUGAGCAGAAGAGCUGGUGGAUCGUCAAGUGGAAGUGCAAUUUCAGGUUCAUCCAAGCACGGUUCUGAAAAGAAAAGGAGUUCUACAGCAAUGUAUGUUUUGCGGGGCUCUGCAAAAAGCAUAAGUGGCAAAGACAAGUCAAAUUACAUUCUGGUUCCCAAGCGAGAUGAUCAGCAGGGUCUUGAUAAGCUUGUCACGUCAGCUUCAGCAACUGGAAGUGACAUAGUGGAGGAGGAAAAUGGAAUUUCUGGUAACACUGAUUCUGGAAAAAAGAAAGUGCUGCUUCUGAAAGGGAAAGAACGAGAAAUUUCUUACGUGUCUGGCAGGGUGUCGCAGCAGCAUAGUACAUCUACGGUCAAACCUGUACUUGGUUCACCUGCUUCAAAGCAGAGCCAGCGUCGUGAAAGUGGUGGAAGAAUGAUCAGAAGCAUACUUCUAAAUAAGGAUGCUCGACAGAGUCAGUCUUCUGGUGUUCACUCUGAACAACAUAUCCAAAUUUCAAAUGUAGAAAAGGAUAAACGACCUCCUCGUCCACCUCAUGUAUCAUUGGCAGUGAAGGAUGCAAACGGGGCUCCUGAUGAGAAGAUUGUUCUAAAUGAUUUGCAUAGCGAGAAACAUGAAAGACGUUCCAGAAAUAAGGAUCGACCAGAUCGUGGUGUGUGGACUCUUCGCCGUUCGGAUGGAUCAUAUGCAAGUGAUGAGUCUUUGUCUUCAUCUGCUUCUCAACUUUCACCUACGGCAGUAGAUUAUUCUGAAGGCACCCAUAGACAUGUUGGUCGUCGAGGACCAACACAUGUUCUUAAGGAUGCUGAUGGCUCUUCUGCUACAGGUGAGGGGAAGCCUUCAAGAAGAGGUGGUGGUGCUGGCUAUGGCUCCCAUGAGAAACAAGUCUGGGUUCAGAAGUCAAGUUCAGGUUCUUAGCUGGUUAAACUGUGAAUUGCUUAGUCACAUGAAAAUUUGGAGCAUGCACCUGCUCGUUUUGUGGAGGCUGUCUUGUUUUUGCUUAAAGACAUGAUAAGGCAUAGACAAUGUUUCAGCAGUGAAACAGAGGAAAGGAUUGGUUGACCUGAAAGAUUCCAAUUGCGAUGUAAUUAAUACAUGGUGGAUUGAACCCAGUAUUGGUCAAAUUGGCACUAAUAGGGGAAAAACAAAAAAAUUGGAUAGAUCAUCCCUAGUCAUAUACAAAACCACAGUUUUCAUCAUGGCAAACCCUUUAAACCGGGUUUGGCUGAAGGAGCGAUGGAUAAUCCUCAUUCUUGCCAUUGACUAGAUACCGGAUACACCCCUUUACAGGUGGAUUCUUCCUCAGCUGAAAUGAGUAUAUAUAAAUGCAGAGCAAUGUUUAGUGUUUCCAUCAGUUUUUUGUGUCUUUGUUGAGCAGCAGUCUACCAUAUGUGACUAGUGAGCAUUUGUCAAUAGCUCUCAUGGUAUUUUUAUAGGCUUUCAUAUAUAGAAUGAAGUUGUAAUGAGAAAGAAAAGCAGGUGGCCUUUUGCUGAAACCAGCUUUUGCAUGUUUUGAGUUUGUUUUGACUGAUGGGCACUAGAGUGAUUUGGAUGAAAAGAAGUUGUAUAAGUGGAGUUAUAGUUAAAAGCUAAUUGGGUCUGGUUUCCUUUGCUGUGUUUGUAUUUUUGCAGUGGUUUGCCUGAAAUUGACCGCCAUUUAUUGGUGCUAUUUAUACAGAUGAUGUUGCUGAA